AUGAAUUAUUUAUCAUUUAUUGAUAUAUUCGGAGUAGAAUUUAGAUAAUAAAUCAAUUUACAUGUAAAAAGCUAAAAAUCUGUUAUAGGAGGAAUUACAUCUCUUUUUAUUUUGAUAGCUAGUUUUGGUUAUUUAGCAUACAUUAUAAAUUAGUGGAUAUAAUUUAAUUUACUUCCAAAAUUGACUAAUACAAUGAAAGCUGAUUCAACUUAAGAAUUAUUAUAUUUUGAAGACGAAUCACUGUUUGAAUUUUCUUAUUGGAAGUACUAGAAUGAAUAAGUUGAUCCCUUUAAUUAAUACAAUAAUAUAAUUACUCCAAUAGGUAUUUAUUUUGAUAGUGAUAAUGAAUCUGAAAAUAUUUCUUUUCUAAAUUAAGAUGAAAUAAUCUCAAAAUAUGGGACUAAAAAGUUUGGUUUAAAUUAGAUAAGAUUGUCCUAAUCUAGAGAAUUGAUGAUUGUAUUAGUGAAAUGUGAUCAUUCAUAUUUAUCUGGUAAUUAAAGUUGUGCAAGUGAUAAAGAAAUUGAUGAUUUCUUUACUUCUGCAGUAAAUUACUUUGAAUUUUAAUUGAAUUUUAAAUAGUUUAAUUCUUAAACUUAAUAAUUUGAAUUAUUCAAAAGGACAUACUACUUUUCUUUAGAUUAAGUAAUUGCGACAUAAAGUUAAAUAUCUUUAAAGUAAACUUAAGCUUAUAUUGAUAAUGGAAUUUUAUUAGAUUCCAUAUAAUAAGAAAUCUUUGUUUAAGAUGCUUAAAUUUUGACAACAUCUUCAUCUUUAAGUCUCUGGUAAAAUAUGUUAGGAGUUGACACAUAUUUUACUAUAACUCUCCGUCUGGAUCCUAUUUCAAAUGAAUUAUAUAUAGUUUAUCCUAAAAUAGGAGAAGUAUUGGCUUAAGUUGGUUCAAUUGUUAAUGUACUUUUGAUGUUGAAGUAUAUAAUAUUAUAUUAUAAUGAAAAAAUAUUAGACAGAAGCUUGAUUGAUUAGGUUUUAAGCUUUUAUUUUGCUGAUUAUAAAUAACUCAAGAACUCAAAAGUAGAUUAAGAUAAAAAGGCAUGUUCUAUUUUGGUUGAAUAAGCCUAAAAAAGACUAGUAUAUAUCAAUAUCAUUUAUGAACUUUCAAGAAUAUAAAUGUUUUUAUAACAUCAAUUUGGUCGUAAAAAGUUAUAAGAAAGUCAUUCAUUUGGAAUUCUAUUAAAACCAACAAAUAGAAAUUUUAAUUAAGAUUUUGAUUAAGAAUUGAUUGAAAUUUCAUAAGAGCAUUCAGAUGAAGAAAAUAAAACAUUUCUUAUAAAAGAUUUUCUCUUAUUAAGUUAACCUAAUUAAUUAUUAAAUUAAGUAGAAGAGGAAAAUGCUUAUUAGUAAAAUUCAAAAAUUUAACCACAACUGAAUUUUGAGUUAUAAUAAUAAUAAUUAUGA